AUGGAGGGCACGCUCAAGGAGCCGCAAGCCAAUCUGUCUGCCAGCGCUGUGCAGGCGCUAGUCGAGAGCGGCCUUGCAUUCAAGGCUGUGGACUGCCUGGAUGAGAAGUAUAACCCCGGUGUCAAGAAGGCUGUGGAGGAGCUGACAGGUGAGUCGCAGCUUCCACAGCUAUUUGCUGGGAGUCGGCUGCUGGGCAACGGCUAUGGCGUGCUGGAGAUGCAAAAGAACGGCGACUUGGCGACCAAGCUGCGGGAACUGGGCGCGGUCGCCCUGAUGGCCAGGAACAAGCCAGGUUCUCCCCAAAAGCCGCCAACAGACGCUGUCGGGGAGGACUUCGACGAGCCUAUGUGCACCUUUGAUUGCGACGUGGAGCUUGCCGAGCUCAGGGAAGCAGGCGGCGCAUCUCAUGAACUCGAUCGUGAGUUCGCACAAGUGCCGUCCUCUUCAGCUUCGUCCUUGGUAGUUGACCAAGAAGGCUCCUUGCUGGACGGCCUUGCCGCUGGAGUGAGCCCCCGUUCAGUUUCCAUGGAUACGAUGCUGCGGUCCUUUGGGUGGCUUUGGCGCUUCCGCCCUGGUAGCCUCAGCACAUCCGAGUGCCGAAGGUUGAGGGCAGCAUCGAGUGAGACGGAGGUGUUCGAUCUAUUCAUUUCCCACACUUGGAUGACGCCCGGAUACGACAAGUACUUGUCCUUGCUGUUGAGCUCGUACAUUCACUCCGCCUUUGUGGUAUGGAUGGCGGUGGCCAUCAGCGUCCUCUUACUCUACGAAGUGAAUGCGUUGCCCAUGCCUUUUGUCUACCAAGUGGCGGCACAAGAGGUUCCAUGCGGCGUUUGGAGUGGAUGUUUGACGUUCUUGGUUGCUCUCGGCGCGCUGUUCGUCGCACCAGAUGCAGCCUCUGCUGUUGGAUGUCGGUCGCAGAGAUGUUUCUACGAUUUGGUGAGCAUCGACCAAGAGGACGCAUCGAGUCGAGAGCGUGGCAUCGCUUCGAUCGGGGGCUUCCUUGCCAGGUCCACGCAACUGCGGAUCUUAUGGAGUCGGCUAUACCUGUCCCGCUUGUGGUGUAUUUUCGAAUUGGCUGCAUAUCGGCGGGCCAAUCCACUGGGAACGGUGAGAGUUCAAGCUCUUUUCAUCGAGCGUGACUUCUUCGUUUUCUGGAUUUGCAUCUGGAUAUGCUGCUUUGUCUUCACCUGCUUCUCGUAUGUGUUCCUCUUGAGCCCUUGGGUGGAGCCUCCACCUGGAUGGUUCCUGGCUCUGGCCCCUUUAUGGCUGACGCCUGCAGUGCACACAGCAAGGCAUGGCUUUCUGGACCAAGAGCAGAUGUGGCGGAACUUCGCGGAGUUCGACCUAAAUGCUGCGUCGUGCACCAAGGAGAGCGACCGAGAAUUUAUCCAUUCAGCUAUCUCCCGUUGGUACGGAAGCCUGCCGCACUUCGUCAACUACGUCCAGCAGGUGUUGGCAAAGGAGCUCAAGAAGAACGUUUCUCAGAAUCGAGUUCCACUUAAAUACUGUUUUCUGGCCGCAAGUCCGGUCAUGGGGUUUCAUCUCGACGUCAUCGGGGCACUUCUUGCAGCGGAUGCGCGGGCGGUCGUGGUCGCCCGAUUUCUUGCGCAGUUCGUCUCAGUUGACGUCGUGGGCGUGUGGCUUAUCAAGUUUUUCUUCUGGCUAGCGCAGCGGUUUGCCAGACCCCGAUUUGCAUCGCGUGCGCUGGACUGGGUGCAGUCAGCACUAGUUUCAAUGCUGGGCUGCUGUGGGUUCUUGGUGCCUGUGGCAAUUGUCAAGCUAAAUCAAAUCAGUUCCGGUUAUGCUCUCGCCGCAGCUGCUGUCGUCGCUGUUGGGCUCCUGGCCAGCUGGCUUCGAACACCAUGCCAGCCUGGACAGGAAUGA